CCAUGUUUUUCCAGGGUCUAUUGAUCAUGGCCGUCCGCCUCCAGAUGAGGGAGACAGCGCCACAUGUGACUUAGGGCAGCUUAUUCUCUGAGGCUCAGUUUUCUGAUCUGUAAAAUGGGGAUGAGAAUGAUAGCACCUCCCUCAUAGGGUUGCUGCGAGGAGGGGUCGCAUGCACGGAGCAUUUGUGUCCUGGCAUGUAGUUGGCUGUUGGUGGCUGCUGCCCACAUGGGGCAUAUUAACACGCCUCUAUAACGCAGCUUCUUGUGUAUGCACAUAUGUAGGUGUAAACCAGAUACUCAUUCGGGAUUGCAAACACACACAUGCUCACACCCCUCUCUGGCAAGAUCACACUGCCACCCCCAAGGCCAAGAAAUCCUUUUCAGAGCCUUGGCUGGGGUCCAGGCCCUGGCUCAGAUGUCAGGGUCCUGCAUUAUUGAGCUCAAGAGCUUUGUCUCCUCCUUGCUCCUGUGCUCAGCUCUUGGUCCUCCAGUGGCCAAGGGAGAGGGGGGAGGGGACAUCUGUUCCAGUCCCCUUCCCUAUGGCGCAGGCAGCCACACCUGGGGGGCUAGGGCUCCCUUGUAGCCCCAAACAAGCCUUGGCUCUGUACAAGCACCUCUUCCGGUGCCCUGCUGGCCUGGGCCAGCUCCGGGCUGCACUGCGGCAGGUACAAGAGGGCUGGGCCUGUCCCUCAGGCCUGGAGUUGCCCACCGUGCUGCUGGAGAUGGAACGGAGCCGGAGGGCCCAGGAGCAGCUCCUGUGGGACUUGGAGCUGCUGACCGGGGCAGGGCUGGGCCUCUUCUGGCCCCCCCAGGCCCAGUUCUGGGGCCUGAGGGACCAGGCCCAGUGUGCAUGGAGCCAGCACAGCAAGCCCCGUGGCAGGAUGGAUGGGGGCUCUGAGCAGCUGACAAGUGGGAGUUCCAGGCUAUGCCCAUCGCCCCAGGCUGGGAACUCUCUGAGCCAGAACCAUCCAGAGAGGGGGCAGGGGACAGACCUAUCAUCGGCCCCAGAUCUGGACAAGGUCAGGAGUGAGACAGACCCAAGGUGGGAGAGCCCUGGCAUGUCUGCAGAACCCACACCUGGAUCUGGACCAGAAGGGAGAGAGGGGCCAAGCAGAGCCCAUGACCCAGAGGCCCCUUCGACCAUCAUCUGGGAGCCUACAGGGGAAAAAGGUCACUCAAGAAGCAGACCCUCAGGCCUGCCUUCCCAGGGCCUGCCAGAACCCCAAGAUCCCCCUGAGUGGCUGGGCUGGAGCCUGGGCCACGACAGGGCUGAACUUCAGAAACUGCUGAGGAUAGAGAUUCCUCAGGGUCAGAGAGAGAAGACAAACGAGGGUCAGAGUGGGGAGGCUACUCAGUCUCUGACGGAAGAGGUCUCUGGGGGUCCAGGGCAGGAGACACCUCAGGUUGAGAACACAGAUGCUCUUCAGGGUCAAAGAGGAAACCGCCCUGAGUGCCAGAGAGAGGAGGCCCCCCUGGAACCCAGUAAGGAGACCCCUCAGGGUGGGGAAGUGAAGAUCCUUCGAUCUUCUGGAGGCAGAGGCCAGAUCUCACAAGCCUGGGAGGUGGCUCAGGGAGAGGCGCCUGCACAGCCCCGAGAGGAAGGCCACUCCCUGGGAAUUCCAGGGGACUUCUACAGGUCUCUGGGGGAACAGAUGCCACAGCCUGGGGGAAGGGAGAGCCCAGGUUCCCCUGGAAGGAGCACCCGGCUGAUGCAGGACAAGAACGAUGGCCAGAGACCAGAGUCAGCACUGGCCUUGGAAGACAAGGGGUCCCUCCUGGAGGGGGUGCCCACUCCGCCUCCGCCUCCGGCCCGGCUGCUCCCAGGCCCAGGAGCGGUGAUGCUAGCGGCCCUGAGCACCGGGGGCUCUGAGCAGCAGGAGCGCCCUACAGCUCUCUCAGGGCACCCAGGGCUGGUGAGCAAUUGGCACGGGCUGCAGGACCCGGGCGGAGGCCCGGGCCAGGCGGAGCAGCAGGUGGGCGAGGCGAGGGGGCCGCAGGCAGGCGGCUCCGCCAAGCUCCCGGGCGCCCUCGGGGAGCGGAGGGGCAGUGCUGAGGCUCCCAAGGCCUCAAAGGCUGCUUGGUCCGAGCCCCGCGGCAGGGAGGCAUCGGUGGGCGUGAGCGCGGCGCAGCAGGAGACUGCCCUGCAGCGACUCCUGGAGCUGCACCGCGCGGCCAAGUGCCGGCGGCAACAGGACCGUGAGCAGCAGCGGCUCCGGGUCCUGGAACGGCUCCGUAUCGCCAGAAACCGUCACUGCCAGGUGCACCCCCUGAAGCCCCCACCCAGCUCGGCUCAGAUCCCGUUACAGGAGGACGCGGCCGGGCAGAGGCGUGCGCUGCGGGAGCAGCUGAAGCAAGUACACCGGGAGAGGACUGGACGGCUGCGAGCCCUCGGGGCCAGGAACACCCAGAACUUCCAACAGCUGCUGUGGCCCCCUGGUGCUGAGGAGCCUGCGCCUGAAGAGCAGCGCUCACCCUUCCCAGCCCCCUCUAACCAUUGCUGAAUCCUCAAAGGGAUAAAGAAUC